CGCCCUAAAAUUCAUAAUCGCUGUGUUAGCGAGGCGCGGAGAGAUGCUGCAGAGAUGGUGCUCGAAGCUCCGGCCGUUGGCGGCGGCGCGCCGCUCUAUGCCGGAAACCUACCUCCUCCUCCUCCGCCGCCACUCAUCUAUCUCCAGUCACUUCCUUCACAUUCGUCCGCAUUUUACCCACAAUACCCAAACUAUCAGUCGUUCCUUUUUUUCCCCCAAUUUUGAUUCACCCCUCGGCGCUCCUUUUCCUCCCAUCUCAUACUCUCCGCUCCAAUUGACACAAGUGCGGCACAUCACUGCGAAGCAGAAGGAAAGGAAGUUGAAGAGUAGGAAGCCAAUGACACCAAUAACUUCCAAAGUCAAAAAAAUCAAGAUGAAAUACUAUUCGUCUUAUAAGGGCAGGUUUAGGGUAAUGAGCAACGGGCAAAUCAGACGAUGGAAGGAGGGCAAGAGACAUAAUGCACAUUCAAAGUCUAAGAAGUCAAAGCGACGUCUUAGACAACCCAGUGUUGUCCCAUUGGCGUACGCAAAAGUAAUGAAGAAGCUCAACUUUUGUAACUGAAUCCGAACUUGAAAUUGGCAGCAGAAUGCAGUUCACUUUAGGACAUCAUGUUACCUGUUCAUUUGGUCCAAAAUUUCCGGUCGAAUCGCUGUAGAUUCUCUUGCAGAUGCUCUUGUAGGCAUCUUGCAAGAUCCUGCAUCGGCACUCCAGGUAAAAACACAACACUUCUUGCAAUUUAUUUCAUUUUCUUGUUCUUGUUAGUCUAAUUGGGCUACAAAAUAUGAUUGUACUCUCCUAAUUUCUGAGCCCUGAAUAGGCUCUGAAUAAAUCAUCUAUGAGACUUGUUAAGGUGGUUUCUAUAAUAUGCUGUGAUUUUGGGCA